GCAGAGGCAAGCGCUGCUGGGAGGGAGACGGGGACGUUCUCCCCUCCCCGUCCUCCCCCACCCUUGGGCGAGGGGUACGCGGGCACCCACCCCCAUCCCCGCCGCGGUGGCACGUUGUCCCUGUCCCUCGGGCUGGUUGGGGUGCAGCCCCCCCCGCCCCGGUGAUGCCUGGGAGGGAAGCGGCCAUCUCCAUCACCAGACCCGCAGCAGGACUAGCAUGGGAGAAGUCUUCCCCGGGCAUGGGCAGUGCUAAGGAGCCCGAGGGGCUGCAGCUGCUGAGCCACCAGGCUGGGGCCGAGGACGCCUGUGAGCCCGGCGCCAGCUCUCCUGGCUGCCUGUCGGCUGGCGAGUGCCUGCCCGGCUCUGGCUGUGCCGUGGGGGACCGUGCCAUGAGGACCUGCUGUGCAGCUGAGCCGGAGACCCAGGCCACCACGGCCAGCCCAGUGGUGGAGAAGAAGGUGCCAUCGUCAACGGGACCGGCUCCCAGCACGCUUCUCCUGGAUGCCAGCGUGGAGCCAAGCGUGAUGGCAGCGAUGGGUAGCUGCGGGGGACCAAGUGGAGCUGCCUCUGCCUGUGGUCCCAUGGGGAUGGGGGUCCCCAGCACCCAGAUGGAGAACACAGCCCCUGUGCCCUCCCUGCCCGAGCCCUGCCUCAAAGCACCCAGCAAGAACGUGGGGAGCAUGCCGGCUCCUGCCAAACAUGUGGUGUUCAUGGAGCCUGCUGUGGGCACCGGAGCAGCUGAGCUUCCAAGACAGGAGCAGCCCCAGGUUGGCACAGGGACAUCCCUGGGUGCUGUACCCCAGAUGGGGGGUGGUGAGGCUCCCAAGCACCCCCAAGGGGGCACGGCAGACCCCCCUGGCACCGGCACUGUGGGGAGCGGGAGCCAAGGUGAGGCAGGGCCGAGCCCCACCACCCUGGGCCAGGACACAGCUGAGGGGAGCCCAGCCCAGGGUGCGGAUGCCAGGAGCAGCCAGCAGCCCCGGACGGCCAAGCUGCUCUGCGAGUCCUACUCCUUCGAGGUGACCCCACCACAGGAUGCAGGGACACAGGACAUGGGGACGCAAGUGGACAGCCGAGUAUCCCUGGUGUCUGUGGCCUUGAGCCCCAUGAGCCCCCCGGGUGGGGCUGCUGCCUUCACCUUCCCCAAGAGAGAGCCAGGCUCUGCUGCUCCCCCAUACCCAGAGCCCUCUAAGAAGGACGCGGAGAUGCAGGUGUCCAUGCCCGUGGAGACCCGCUCGGUGGCCACCGGGCCCAUGACACCAGUGGCCAAGUCCCCGCAGGCCUCAUACCCCGAGGUGCAUGUGAAGGGGACGGUGGUGGAGGAGGCUCCAGAGCCUAUCCGGGAGGUGAGCUGGGACGAGAAGGGGAUGACGUGGGAGGUGUAUGGGGCCUCCAUGGAGGUGGAGGUGCUGGGCAUGGCCAUACAGAAGCACCUGGAGAAGCAAAUCGAGGAGCACGGGCGGCAGGUGGUGAUGACCCCCCAAAGCACCCGCACUGGCUCCAUCAAGGGAGCCCCCUGCAAAGGCGAGGCCAAGAGGCAGCCCAGUGUCUUUCGAGCUCUGCUGCAAAACGUCCGGCGGCCCCGGUGCUGCUCCCGCGCCGGCCCUGCCACGGAGUGAGCUGCUGCUUGCCCCAGUGGGGUGGGGGUGCCACAGGGCUUCUUGGGGGAAGCAGGGAGGAAUCCCUGCCUGGCGUCCUGAGACGCCUGCUGCCAGCGUGUGGGGCUCCAGGGGCUGGAGCAGGGGGUGAUGGAGCACUGCACGCUGGAGUAAGGCAUCUCCUUCACCAGGGGUCCCCCCACUAGCCUAGCCCCAUGGAGGUGCCCUGGGACACGAGGCUGGUGCUCCGUCUCUGUGCUUGGUGGGUUUUUUUCAGCAUGAGGAAGCAUGUGGCUCCUUCCAGCCCGAGGCAUCUCCUGCCUGUGGGCACAGGGGCUGGAGAGGGCUCAGGGCAGGCACGGGCAGGUCACUGCUGACUUCCCCGAGCUCUGGCCUCGCUUGCACCCCAGGCAGCAGCGUUGCUCCCCAUGCUGGAGAGAUGCUGGUGCAUUGCUGUGCCGCUGCUUCCCCUGCCCAGGUCUCAGCCAUGCUCCGAGCAGCCCACAGUCGUGCAUGCGUGGGUCCCCAUGGCUGCCCGGGGCAGGCACAUUCAGCCCAGCCUGCCACAGCCCUGUCCUCUGCCCCACUGCCAUGGGGACCCCAGAGCUCAGAGGACGUGGCCAUGUCGGGCACCAGGACAGAUCUCAAAUGGGAGAGAUGGGAGAGACAGAGAGAUGCUCGUCCCCAUCGCUGUGGCUGGAGGUGCUCAGGGAGUCUGUCCCCAUGGCCCCCAGCUCUGCCUGGCUGGGGACCUGCCUGGGAGUGGCCAUCAGAUCCCAGGGCACAUCCUCUCCAUGGCUGGCAGUGGGGAUGAAGCCUGUCCUGCCGUCGGGCCCAUCCAGCCACCCUGGUGCUGGAGAGGCCCCACGUGCUGCUCUCCACAUCUCUCCGGCCCCGAUGGCUGCUCUCCUCUGACGGCAGCUGGGGAUGUGAUGGCUGCAAAGCGCUGCCACUUUUUACAGCUGGGGUUUUACAGGAUGGGGGGGGAGGGGGGCUUUUAUUGAACCGUGUUUGCAUUUUUGGAGCUUUUUAAAAGACACUUUGUCAUGCGCGUCCUGUCUGGAUCCACCCAUUCCCCGGUGGCCUGUGGGGCCAUGACCCUCUUUUCAAACACUUCCUAUGUUGCCUGUGCCCUGCCGGGCUGAAGAGCCUUGGGACCGAAGGGUUGGUGUGCAGUGGGUUGAGCAUCCCCACACUGCAUGAGCAUCCCUGUGCCGGCAGCACCGCGGUGUCCUGCUGAGACACGGGUCCUGGCCCCUCCAGCCUGGCCCUGUGCAGAGGACCAGCCCCGCAGGGCCACACUGAGCGGGGGGCCCAGGCCUAUGCCCAGGGCCUGAGGUGUCAGGGUCAUCAGUGUAGACACUUCCCCUCUUUAAGGGGCAAGUCUUGGCCCCCCAAGCUCCCAUUGUACAUCCUGGGCUUGUUUUUGCCCUGUGGGGCUGUCUCUUGCCCCUGGAGGGGGGUGAACUGCGAAGGGCUUGCUGAAGCACCAGCUGGCAGCUGUGGCCAGUGCCCAUCCUGUGCCGUGGCGCUCACUUGGAGCCGGCUCUGCUCAGUGCCUUGAGCUACAGGAGCGGUGCCACGGCCACUCGGGGGAGACCAGGAGCCCUGGGGCAUCCCCCUGCCACCCUACCCCUGGCUGUCCCCCACCUCCAGCCCCGCACUGCCAAGCUGCGGCACAACGACACUGCGGCUUCAUCACCUACAUCUUUUUUUCCUCUUCAUUUCUUUUUUUGGGGGUGGGAGGGAGGAAGGGGGCGGGAGGACCAACCUGUCAACGUGGUUGUUGGGUAA